CUCCCCGGGCCCUGGUCGCCGGCGUGACUUUGAACGCUCGGGCUGCGGUGCGGGUUGCGGAGCGGAGCCGGAGCCGCGGGACCUUCGUACUUGCUCCGUGUUUGCCAUGAGGCUGCUGGGAGCAGCCUUCGCCUCGGCGGUGGGCCGCGGGCCGCUCCCGCGGGUCCCGGCCGCCCUGGGCUGGCGGGGGAAGCAGGUUAAUUGGAAGGUCUGCAGAUGGUGUUCAUCAGGGAAGAUUCCUAAUGAGAGGAUAAGAAAUAUUGGAAUCUCAGCUCACAUUGAUUCUGGGAAAACGACAUUAACAGAACGAGUGCUUUACUACACUGGCAGAAUUGCAAAGAUGCACGAGGUGAAAGGUAAAGAUGGAGUUGGUGCUGUCAUGGACUCCAUGGAACUAGAGAGACAAAGAGGAAUCACUAUUCAGUCAGCGGCCACCUAUACCAUGUGGAAAGAUGUCAACAUCAACAUCAUAGAUACUCCUGGGCAUGUGGACUUCACAAUAGAAGUUGAAAGGGCCCUGAGAGUGCUGGAUGGCGCAAUCCUUGUUGUCUGUGCAGUCGGAGGGGUGCAGUGCCAGACCAUGACUGUGAAUCGGCAGAUGAAGCGCUACAAUGUUCCGUUUCUCACUUUCAUUAACAAACUGGACCGAAUGGGCUCCAACCCCGCCAGGGCGCUGCAGCAAAUGAGGUCUAAACUAAAUCAUAAUGCAGCAUUUGUGCAGAUACCCAUUGGUUUGGAGGGUGACUUUAAAGGUAUUAUAGAUCUUAUUGAGGAACGAGCCAUCUAUUUUGAUGGAGACUUUGGUCAGAUUGUUCGCUAUGGGGAAAUUCCAGCGGAAUUCAGGGCUGCGGCAGCUGACCACCGCCAGGAGCUGAUUGAAAGUGUUGCUAAUUCAGACGAGCAGCUUGGUGAGAUGUUCCUGGAAGAAAAGAUCCCCUCAAUUUCUGAUUUAAAGCUUGCAAUCCGCAGAGCUACUUUAAGUAGGUCAUUUACUCCUGUCUUUUUGGGAAGUGCCUUGAGGAACAAAGGAGUUCAGCCUCUUUUAGAUGCUGUUUUAGACUACCUCCCAAAUCCAUCUGAAGUCCAGAAUUAUGCUAUGCUCAACCAGGAGGAUGACUCAAAAGAAAAAACCAAAAUCUUAAUGAACUCCAACAGAGACAAUUCCCACUCAUUUGUAGGCCUGGCUUUUAAACUGGAGGCAGGUCGAUUUGGACAACUAACUUAUAUUCGCAAUUAUCAAGGAGAGUUGAAGAAGGGGGACACCAUCUACAACACGAGAACAGGAAAGAAAGUGCGGGUGCAACGGCUGGUUCGCAUGCAUGCUGACAUGAUGGAGGAUGUUGAGGAAGUAUUUGCUGGAGACAUCUGUGCAUUAUUUGGCAUUGACUGUGCUAGUGGAGACACAUUCACAAACAAAGAUAAUAGUGGACUUUCUAUGGAGUCAAUUCAUGUUCCUGAUCCUGUCAUUUCAAUAGCAAUGAAGCCUUCUAACAAGAAUGAUCUGGAGAAAUUUUCAAAAGGUAUUGGCAGGUUUACAAGAGAAGAUCCCACAUUUAAAGUCCACUUUGACACCGAGAGCAAAGAGACAAUUGUAUCUGGAAUGGGAGAAUUACACCUGGAAAUCUAUGCUCAGAGGAUGGAAAGAGAAUAUGGCUGCCCUUGUAUCACAGGAAAGCCAAAAGUUGCUUUCAGAGAGACCAUUACUGCCCCUGUCCCGUUUGAGUUUACACAUAAAAAGCAAUCGGGUGGUGCAGGCCAGUUUGGAAAAGUGAUAGGUGUCCUGGAGCCUCUGGAGCCAGAGAACUACACUAAGUUGGAGUUUUCAGAUGAAACAUUUGGGUCAAAUAUUCCCAAACAAUUUGUGCCUGCUGUAGAAAAGGGGUUUUUGGAUGCCUGCGAGAAGGGCCCUCUGUCUGGUCACAAACUCUCUGGGCUCCGGUUUGUCCUGCAAGAUGGAGCGCAUCACAUGGUUGAUUCCAAUGAAAUCUCUUUCAUCCGCGCAGGAGAAGGGGCGCUUAAACAAGCCUUAGCAAAUGCAACAUUAUGUAUUCUUGAACCCAUUAUGUCUGUGGAAGUUGUGGCCCCGAAUGAAUUUCAGGGAACAGUGAUUGCAGGAAUUAACCGGCGCCAUGGGGUAAUCACCGGACAAGAUGGAGUUGAGGACUAUUUUACACUGUAUGCAGAUGUCCCUCUAAAUGAUAUGUUUGGUUAUUCCACUGAGCUUAGGUCAUGUACAGAGGGGAAGGGAGAGUACACAAUGGAGUACUGCAGAUACCAGCCAUGUUUACCAGCCACACAAGAGGACCUCAUUAAUAAGUAUUUGGAAGCUACAGGUCAACUUCCUAUAAAAAAAGGAAAAGCAAAGAACUAACUUUACUCAUUUACAUUGGCUAACUUUAACUGAAUCUGCAGGGCUUGGAUAUUUUAAUAGCUCGCAGUGGAAUGAAUUCAGGCAUAAACAAGAAAUUUUAGAAGCCCUUUCUAUUAUAUUCAGGAGCUCCUAUCAUAUCAAAGUUAAUUCUGUGUAUCAGGUAUAUCUCAACUCUAUUGAAUGGUUUUAUAGUUCACUGAAAAAAACUCAAAUAAAAUAUGAUUAUUACUGUUAUAUAUUUUAUAUUUAUUUUAAGCGGGAAGAGACAUAUCAGUUACACGUCUAGGCUUAGGAUGUGUGUAACCUUCCUUUUCAAAUUUUUAUCAUAAGAAUUUUUAAUAAAGAAAAACUGAAAGAACAACCAUAUACCGUCCAUCUAGUUUCAACAAUGAGCAAUUUUGUUAACAAUUUGUUAAUCUGAUUAUUUGUUUUGCAAUAUUUGUUUUAUCUGUUUGUUGUCUAUAUGUCUCAUACUUUUAUAUUUUUAAUUUUUAAAUUUUUAAAAAAUUAUUUUUUUGCUAAACACUUGAAAGUGAAUUGCACAUAUCAUGACACUUCUUGGAGUGUCAUCUUUAACAGGCAGGCUUUUUUAUUUAAGAGUAGGUUCCAUAUGGUCUUAAUAGAGUACAUUUUUCAGAUUCUUCAUUGGUAUAUUAAAAUGCCUUCUAAAUUUCUAGCUGUUUUAUGUAGAGCUGAUUGUUUUCAUCUGCAAAUGUGUAGCUGCCUUCUUUUAGGAGUGUUGAUGUUUCUUUCUUGUGGACCUAUGAGGUAAAAAACAGGCCCUUGCACAUGCAAUUCUCACUUAUGUUCAUCUGAAGGUUUCUGCAGCUCUAAAUAAUGAAAUACACGUUUCAGAGUUCCUGCCUAAUCAGUUCAUUCACCUACUGAGUGCUAGUUGAAUUUGGAAUUUAUCAUAUUAUACUCAUUGAGAUCAUGAAAGAACAAAUGUUAAGCUUUUGUUUUUGAAAUAAGUUGGACUUCCCUGGCAAUUCUACCAUAUUGUUCAGAAUCGCUUCAUCCCGAAAUCAUGUGAUGUAACAGACUUAUCCAAAUUAUUUUCCUUAGUGAAUAAUGGAAAUAAAAUAACGUUUAAAUUCC